UAUAAUUUUUGGAGAAAUAAUUAACAAAUUUUUUGUUUUAUUUAAUAGAGAAUGUUAAAUUCAAACCAAUUAUGUUAAAAAUGUGUUGAUUUACAUAUAAGUCAAAAGCAAUUUUACAAAGUUUUAAUAAGAGAUAUUAGUUUGUUUCUAUUGUAGGAACGAGUAAUUUAUGAACCAAAUAACUUUUUUUGUCGUGUCAAAAGGUUUUCAAAAUAAAAGCUACACAACAAUAAAAUUGGAGUUGCAUACGAAGUUGAUAUUCUACUUAAAUGUUUUUCAAUAACAUAGACAACAGCUUAUAGAAAUGAUAUUCGUUAUAAAAAAGAAUAUGUUUUGAAAUGCUUGAAUGUUACCCAGCAACUGGCAGGACAGCAGGUGUGUACAUUGGCAUAAAAAUAUAUCAUCUUCCGGUCGACAACGGUUCUUUGAACAGUUAAUACACCACACAUAGCGGAAAUGGUAGUACUCAUAUGUAUCACAAUAUUUAAUAAAAUGGUAGUCUUUUGUGCUAUUGACUAAAAUAUUUUAGAUUUGCUUUUAUAUAUCAACCCGAAAAUGUCUUGGUCUGAUAAUCAUGCAAUGGAAGCGGCACACAUGCAAAUUCUCAAGAAUCAUUUAAAACAUAAUAUUCUUCCUGAAUGCAGGGACUUGUUAAAGUAUAAACAUGAACUAGAUGCUAUUAGACAUUCUGAUUUAAAUCAAAUGGCUAGCUUAAUACAAGAUUUAAGAUACAAAUUAGCUUACUUAAAGAAGACUGCUUCAGAUAUUAACAAAGUAAAAAAUAUAGGUCUAGAAAAAUUUCGAAAGGACGUUAAAAUGUUUGAAUCUAAAUUAAUGAAACUAAAAGAAGGAAGCGCAAAACAAAUUCGAGAUGAAAAUAGAAAGCAAUUCGCUUUGUUUGAAGAGAUACAACGCGUUAAAACAUUAGCCGUUCAAGACCCACAGAUAAAACCGUUCGAGUUUAUUGACAAAAGAAAAAAAGAACCGAUGUGUAAAAAUAGAACUCCUAUUUCUAAAAACACAUAUGCUACAAAAGAAAUUGCUGAAUUUAGCGAUUUUUGCGCAAAAAAUGGUACAACUGGCGGAUGGUCAAUUAAAGAUCAUGAAAUGUUUUUAAAAAUUAGAUCUAAGCAUGGAACUGAUACAAAUUUUGUACAACUUAUCAUUCAAGCAAUGCCACAUAUAACAGAAAUUGCAGCCAGUGAUCACGAAAAAUGGUACGCUAAAUAUGACGAAUUAAAAAAUAAAAAAAAAGAGGCUAUUGCAAAAUGGAAACAUGAAAAAGUUCAUGUUUUUUCCUUAAAUGAUAUGAAAGAUCUAGAGAAAUCAUUAGAAACUAAAAUGGAAGUGUCAGCUAACUCUAAUUUAGGGAUUGUGGACAAAGAAACACAUUUAUUGAAAGUUAUAAACAAUAGCACUGAAAAUACAAAUUUAAAAGUAUUUACAAAUAAUUCUAAGUCUUUUCAUCAACAAAAGAUACAAAGUAAAGAUCAUUCUUCUAUAAAACCCUUAGCACGACAUAUAAAUAAGAAUGAAAUUUUUCUAUCAGAACCAAUUACUAUAGUUACGUUACAUGGCCAGUCUGAAAACUUUACAUCUACAGCAAAAGAAACAUUUCCUAACUUACAUUUAAAUAUAUAUGGUGCUCAAAAUCAAGACGUAAAUGUUGUACUCAAGUACCAAUAAAAAUAUUUUCCCCAUUCAAUUUACUGUACAAAAUGUAAAAACAAUUUAUGGUAAUAUUAUUGCUGAUCAACUAAUUAAUAGUUGUUAAAAAUAUUU